UGCGAAAGUCGAAGGGCAAGUUUGCCUUUCUCCUCGAAUCCACCAUGAACGAGUACAUCGAACAGCGAAAGCCGUGCGACACCAUGAAAGUGGGAGGGAACCUGGACUCUAAAGGCUACGGUGUGGCGACGCCCAAAGGCUCAGCAUUAAGAACUCCUGUAAACCUUGCAGUAUUGAAACUCAGUGAACAAGGCAUCUUAGACAAGCUGAAAAACAAAUGGUGGUACGAUAAGGGUGAAUGUGGAACCAAGGACUCUGGAAGUAAGGACAAGACAAGUGCUCUCAGCCUAAGCAAUGUGGCGGGUGUCUUCUAUAUUCUGGUUGGAGGGCUGGGGCUGGCCAUGAUGGUGGCUCUGAUAGAGUUCUGUUAUAAGUCACGGCAAGAAACCAAACGGCUGAAAUUGGCCAAGAAUGCCCAGAAUUUUAAGCCGGCUCCCCCGACCAACACCCAGAACUUUGCCACAUACAGAGAAGGCUACAACGUUUACGGAACCGAGAGCGUUAAGAUCUAGAGGUUUAUGAGGCAUUUCCAAUCGUUCCUUACAACUGUGAUUGAACAUCCACGAACGGCACAGGAUCACGGGGCUUUGAGCUUCCUGCCAAAUCCUCGUGGACGGACACGGCACGAUAAUCUGCAUUGACGACACGACUUUGGUGGUCAUGGGAAGAGCCGAUGAGGUUCCCGCCUCUCAGUGCCUUAUGGAACUCUGAGUCUAAACAAUGCAACUCCUUCAAAAUGAUAUUGCUUUUUUGCUUGAAACUCAUACGAAACAGAAUAUUGGUGCAGUGUUUAAGAACACACACACACACACACACACACACACACACACAUAUACAUAUAUAUACAUACAUAUAUUUAUAUAUAUAUGUAUAUGAAUGAGCAAACAAAAGCCAUUUGCAACUUUAAGCACAUUUUGAAGUGCCAGAAAAAGGAUGAAUCAUACUUGAUACGUGUCUAAUUGGUUUCCUGUAAUCAAUAUGAACAGAUUACACUUCAUCCUUCUGCUGCCAGAUUUUCACUGGUUCUCUGUGUUGAAAUUAUUUUAUUAGAUCUACUCAGCGCACUGUAAGACACUGGUUAUUAGAUAAUAGCUUUUAUACUGCUGUGAAUCCCUUCUAAUGACCAUGAACUUGACGUAAGAGACAGACUGAUCUUACUGGAGGGGAAGCGCCAUCCAGCCCAAAGCAAAGACACGCGCUUUGUUUGUACUCUGAACUCUGGUGCUGCUGCAGUCUUCUGGACGUUUGAAGGAACUCACGAAGAAGAGACGAUGAUCCAGCCGGGUUCUUGAGGUCUCCGGAACCGGGCCGUCAUUCGUACUUCCAAUACUGCCAAGAGUGUGUUUUGUAAGACAGUGAGUGGACGAAAAACCAGUCUGUGAGUUACAGUUUGAAAACUAUCAGGGAAGGUUUAAAYGCUUCAAAGAGUCUUUCCCUUAAAGUCAUUAAAGUCUUCGUUACAUCAAAAUAAACCAAACGAAUGGAAAAUGGAAUUGUAAAUUAGCUGUUUUCCAAUUAAAGGAUAAUAGUAAAAGACUUUUGACUGUAGUUUUUUUUAAUUAUUAUUAUAAUUAUUUUCAUUUUCCGUCACACUCCGCAUUUUAAAAAUGCUGUUUUUUUUUUUAGUUGUAGUCUUUGGCAAGCUCAUUUCGUAACCAAUACAGAAAAGUAUGCCAGUACAACAAAAUGUAGAUUUUUACAAGGUAUACGGGAAAGAUCCCAGAAGCUUAGCACAUUUCCAUAUUGUUGUAAUCAUGUUUUUUUUCUUUCAUAAAGACUGUGAUUCCAUAGGAUUUAAGUAGAUAUCACCACCUGAAACUAUGGGUAUAUAGUUUUAUAUUUCAAAAAAAGUGAAAAAACCUAAAGUGAAAAAAGGAAAGACUUGUGUACAUUUAGAUGAAUGAGAAUUAUUUAUAUGACACAAUGACAGACUGUGUUUAUCCUUCUUUAAUUUGCCUUUCUUUAAGUUUAUUUUUUUAACAAGUUGCAUGUAAAGUCAGUGAUGCUUGACAAGCUUUGCUACGCACAAAUUGACCUUAGUUUAAAGCUAGAAAUACACAUCGGGUCAUUUUUUUGUGAACCCAUUUCAGCAUUUUUUUUUUCAAAUCAUACAGGUCUCACCAUCUGCAGAAACACACAAACAAAAAAAUUAAAUCGCCAAGCGUAGUAGUGGAUAUAAAAUGGCAAAAGAUGCAUGCAUAAUUUGCUGAAACCCCUAUGAAGGGGAGCUGUACAGAAAAUUUUAAUACAUUUUGUAAAUAAAAUGUACAGAAAGGGUC